CCUCAUAUCAUGGUGACGCGCACUGUAUCUCAAUUUGUGAAUGCAUCAUAUAUAUCGUGAUGUCCAGACGAUUUGGCUGGUCCUGACUAGCCAUCAAUGGUGCCGCAACUCCAGUAUCUGAUUACCCCCUGCCAGAAUGGCGAAUAGUAUUACUGCGACUCCCCCUCGCAGGGGAUCCGAGACAGAGGCCGCUACCGCAGUAAUCGCAGCGGCACCCCAGGAGGAGUUCGAAUUGGCAGAAGAUGCUGCUUCGAAUGAAGAAAACGAAAUUGCAUAUCCGACAGGACCGAAGUUCUUUGCGAUGCUAUCUGGGGUGCUGAUGACUACUGUCCUAGUUGGCCUGGAUUUCUCUGUCAUUGCGACAGCACUUCCCACUAUAACCAACCAUUUCCACACAACAGCCGACAUUGGCUGGUAUGUGGCGGUCUACAGACUGACUGGGACAGCAUUUUCGUUUCUUUUCGGGAAACUGUACACAGUGACCUCGGUCAAGCGAACCUUCUUGUGCGCUCUUGUGAUUUUCGAGAUUGGUUCACUUCUGUGUACUGUGGCGCCCACAUCCCAUAUGCUCGUUCUCGGCCGGGCCAUUUGUGGCCUUGGGAGCGGCGGUCUCAUGAGUGGGGGGUUUGCAAUCUUGACUCAGUCUGUUCCUCUUCGGAAGCGGGCCUUGUACGGUGGUGUUGCUGGUGGCAUUGAAACCGUUGCGGCUGUCAGUGGUCCCGUGAUUGGCGGGGUGCUUACAAGCACGUUGUCCUUCAGAUGGUGUUUUGCAAUCAACCUCCCUGUUGGUGUGGUCGCAUUCGCUGUCGUUGCGGCCUUUUUCAACAAUCCUCGGCACAACCCAGAUAUCGAUCUGCCGCUCAGGCAAAAGCUCCAAAAACUCGAUCUUUUGGGCACAGUCAUCUUCGUGCCAUCGAUUACUUGUCUGCUCCUUGCGUUGCAAUGGGGAGGUCUGAGGUAUAGCUGGACGGAUUGGCGGAUCAUCCUUCUGUUUGUCUUGUUUGCAGGAAGCCUGGCCGGCUUUGCUUGGCUGCAGUGGAAGAAGGGCGAGAACGCUACACUCCCUCUUCGCAUCUUGAAGCAGCGCAGCAUCCUCUCUGGAGCAUUCUUUGCGGGCUGCUGCACUGCUAGCUUUACCAUUGUGGAGUACUACAUCGCGAUAUACUUGCAGGCAGUCCGAGGCUAUACACCCUUACAUUCGGCCUUGUUUUCCCUCCCGCAAGUCAUCAGCCUUUGCAUUGCCUGCGUACUUGCAGGGGCAGGCACAACACUCACGGGGUAUUAUGUGCCGUUCAUGUUCAUCUGCACCGUCCUGGGUUCUAUUGGUGCUGGUCUCCUGACAACUCUUCCAGUCGAUGCCACCCUUGCCAGUCUGAUAUGCUUUCAGGCCCUCCUUGGCUUUGGUGUCGGACUCGGGGUUCAAGGGCCGCAGGUCGCAGCACAAACGGUCCUGUCCGAAAAAGAAGUGCCGAUUGGCAUAUCACUUGUUAUGUUCGGGCACGGCAUUGGACCGGCAAUCAUGUCUGUGGCCGCUCAAGCAAUCUUUCAAAAUAGACUCGAGCUCAAUUUAGGCAAACUUGGUGUUGACAGUGGCUCGAACAAUACGACCUCAACCGGGAGCGUCGAUAGCAUGGGCAUCGCCGAUCUACGACAACGUCUUGGAGGGCAAAGACUCGCUGAAGCCCUUUCGGGACUAGAUGGCGCGGUCAUGCAAACAUUGUACCUGCCUGUGGCGCUGACAUGCUUGACUCUGUUCGGUGCGAUGGGCAUGGAAUGGAGGAGUGUGAAGCAGAAGACGUCAUAGACAAAAUGUCUGUGGCUCAUCACCACUUGAGACCGUGAAUGUCAGAUGUCGCGGAUGGCGGAUGCUGCUCUACUUAAGUGCAAGGCGAGUAUACAGGCUCAGGUCGAGC